GGUAUAGAAUUCCGAGGAGCUUGGAGAUGGUACCUGUGGUAGUGUGUUCAAAGCCUUCAAUAUAGAAACAUUUGAGAUUGUUGCUGUGAAGAAAAUGAAACGAAAGUUCUACUUUUGGGAAGAGUGCAUGAAUCUAAGAGAAGUUAAGGCCCUUCGUAAACUAAAUCACCCUAAUAUUGUAAAUCUAAAGGAGGUUGUCAGAGAAAACAAUGAACUAUUCUUCAUUUUUGAGUACAUGGAACAUAAUCUUUACCAAAUCAUGAGGGAGCGACAAAGCCCUUUUUCUGAAUGGGAAAUACGUAGCUUCAUGUCUCAGAUGCUGCAAGGACUUGCUCACAUGCAUAGAAAUGGAUAUUUUCAUCGAGAUCUGAAACCUGAAAACUUGCUGGUGACAAAGGAUGUUCUGAAAAUUGCUGAUUUUGGACUGGCAAGAGAAGUAUCAUCAAUGCCUCCUUAUACAGAAUAUGUUUCUACUCGAUGGUACCGUGCUCCAGAAGUUUUGUUGCAGUCUUCAACCUACACUCCUGCUAUUGAUACGUGGGUUGUUGGUGCUAUAUUAGCAGAGCUUUUUACUUCAUCUCCUAUUUUUCCCGGGGAAAGUGAAAUAGAUCAACCGUACAAGGUAUGCUGCGUUUUGGGUGCACCAGAUUGGACUUCUUUUCCUGAAGCAACAAACAUCUCUCGUUUAAUCAAUAUUAGUUAUUCAGAGAUUUUACCUUCCAACCUAUCGGAUAUCAUUCCCAGUGCUAGCCUUGAUGCUAUUGAUUUAAUUAUGGUGGAUGCUCGUGUUCCUCGUCCACUGCUGCAUGAUCCACUUGAGCUGAGUUUAAACCUGGGGUCAAAGCCAAAUCUUGAGUUGAAUCUAUGGGAUUUUGACACACAACCUGAUGAUUGUUUUCUGGGCCUGACACUAGCAGUAAAACCUAGUGUUUCAAAACUAGAGGCGGUCCAUAAUGUCUCUCAACAAAUGAAAGAGGAGAUACUGAAUAGUCAUCCAGAGCAAUCAGUUUUUUGGUCAUUGCUUACUCCUGAUCAAAAUAGAAUUCACACACCAGUUGAAUCCUCCUUGUCUCUCUCAUUUAGGUAAGUUCUUUCUUUAUGCCUCAUCUUGGGUUUGGUGUAUGUGGUGACUCUAGCAGUAGCGACUGGGUGUAUUGAUAGUAACUGGACAUCUGUGAUGGUCCCUGGAUUUUUCAUGUUAUAAAAUUUACCUUUUUGUUUGAA